AUGAACAGUACCUUAACUAUGAUACUGUUCAUCAGUUCUCUCUAUGCACCCAAAAAAAGUCCCCGCUCCUUCACUACUUACGGUCUGCACAAGGAGACCACGAAAGCUGUAGUGGUUUCCUCACCACCAUACUCGUCGGUCACCGGUCAGCCUGUUGAUUUCCGGCAACCCCCACUGAGGUUACAGAUAGAGCAAAGGAGGAGGACGAUUCUGAUUACAUGCCCCUUUGGCUUCGAAAUUGAGUCGGUGAGGCGCAUUAAGAAGGAUAAAAUUGGCAUUCCUAUAGGUGUUGGAAUUACCAGUGGAAUAGACUUUCAAUUUCUGACCUUUGGAGGAUUCAAGGUGCAAAGAUUAUAUUCAAGACUUCUGUAGAAGGAUUUUGUGGUGAUUGGAAAGAGAUUUUGAAGAAAAGAGGAAAGGGAGAAAAAAAAUUGUAUUAUUGUAAGGGUUGAAGAGGGAAUACGCAAAAGGUGGAAAACGUCAAGAUAAAUUUUUAGAUUUUUAAUUGCUUAACUUAUUUUGUUGUCCCUAAGAUGGUAUAUCAGUAAUGAUCCUUAAUUUGAAGUUUCUCUCACAUUUAUGGUCAUGGUUUGAAGGCACUGUUGUAAUUCAUUUCUAA